AUGCCUAAGGCGUUUCAACUAACGAAAAUCCCUCCAACACCAAUGACGCCCACGGACACGGAUAUACCAAUUCCUACUACCCCCCCGUCUGUCACCUUCCACACGACCCCUGUCCCCGUCACCAUUCAACCCCAGCCAACCUACUCAAUCGAUUAUCCUGAUCCCCUAAUUGACCCGGCACCCGUCACUAUCAAGGCCAACCCCACCCCAACUCCUUCUGGCUGCACGGGGGAUAAAUGCGGAAGGCGCGAGUGUAUCCAGUUUGGUUGUGAUGGUGGCUGCGGCUUGUUCGGCUGCGAUAGCGGCUGCGAUAUCUUUGGCUGCGGUGGCGGCUGUGGCACCCGUGGGUGCAUACCCGACUGCCUCCUCGGAUCAUGCGGUGGCCUCGGCUGUUUAGUUCCAGGCGGCUGCGGAAACACACAGGGUUCCGACGGCGGCGAUAGCAGCGACGAUUGCGACUCCCCCGCCACAGCAUCGGCGUGCACGUACCUGGUGACGAGUUACAGUGCUUGGUACCUGGCUGAGUCCUCGACAACAACAGAGGAUACGGCUGUUACGACGACGCCUGGGAGCCCGCAGUGCUCGAUAGACCCUGAUGUCUCCAAGGCGCUGUCGCUUGAGUUGGCAGCGGACGUGACCAUGAUAGAUGGGGAGCAGGUCCCAAUCAUCUUCGCGCCGACGAAUCCGCCGGGUUAUGAUGGAUCGGAUUUUACCCUGACACAAUUCGGUUUGCAGGAGACUCUCACAGUUGUUGAAACCGUGACUGUGACAAACACGCCGACCAAAACGGUAACGGUGGUGGUACCGCCGUCCGCAAUGGCCGACUGUGCUUACUGGACCACCGACUUUUUCUACAUAUUCGAAGUGUACAACAUCGAGGGCUGGAGCACGGACGACGGUAAGAAGCUGAAGGACGAGGAGAAGGGCUGUGGCGCCCUGACAGGUUGGGACUGGGACGAGCACACCUCCACGUCUCUUUCACGCGCAUAUUUCAACCUGCCGUUCCUCAUGAAGUCCGGCUGUGUCGAGCGCGCCAUUGUGUCCGCCGGUGGCCCCAAGCUGUCUUGUGAGUACCAGGGCCACGCUUCCGUCUUUGCAAAUGUGAAGCGAUCCAUGGAGAUCGACCCGCCGACACCGGCACCGCCGCGCAGACGCCAGAUCAUCAGCGAGACAGCCAGUCUCCCAAGCCUUUCACCAAUCACGGAAAGCUACACAAGUACAGCGGACCCGCCUUUAUACACGCCGGAGCCGUGGGGACCGGGAAACACAGAGGUUUUCACGACUACCAUAGAGGAGACCUCAAAGUCGACAUAUAUUACGGAGAUCGUGUUCGGCACAGGCGAUGCGUCGACAACGGGGACUCCAACGUCAACCACAAAAUCAACAUCAACCGCAAUCACAACGUCAACCACAUCCUCCGCCAUCCCACCAACUCCAUCGAAUCCCUCCACCGACGGUCUCUGCGGUGCCGCGAACGGCGGCCAAACUUGCCUCGGCUCGUCCUUUGGCGAGUGCUGCUCUGGGAGCGAUUACUGCGGGGACACGGCCGAGUACUGCGGGACAGGGUGCCAGCCUGAAUUCGGGACUUGUUCUCCGAGCACCGGCCCACCAGUGUCCACGGAUGGGUUGUGCAGUCAGAUGAGCGACCCGGUUGGAGCGGUGUGCGAGGGGUCGGCCUUUGGCGACUGCUGCUCGGAAUGGGGAUACUGCGGCGAUACGAAUGCGUACUGUGGAACGGGAUGUCAAGAGGCGUUUGGUUCUUGUGCGUAG